CAAUUAACUUGUAUGUACCAUACAGUAUAGUUCGCUAUGCAGACACCAGCCCGCCUGAACCCUUACUCUUACCGUCCAAGGCUCUGCACUUCUUUUUCUCGUGACUCCUUCACCCAUCAGACCCCAUCGAUAUAUUAGGACUCGUGCCCCUCCCGUCGUCUACCGAACAUUGAGAUUCACAAAACCCACACACUCCCUUAUCCAAACGAUUAUCUGAUUGUCUUCGAUAGACUUUCAUCCACUACAUCACAGACCGAACGAAGGGACAAAACCAACAUAGACGGUAACCACCUCCAAGGAAAAAAAGACGCAAAUUGCCAUCACACUCUCUACAAAAUCUAUAUAAGAGGAAGGAGAAGAAAAGAAAACAGGAAAUAAAAGACCGUUUAUCUAGCUCAAAAUGUCGUUUUGCAGCUCACCAGCAUCGCAGAGGUCCUCCUUCUCAAGCACAUGUUCAAUAGACUGCACAUCACCAAACACCGCAGUUACUACGCCCAGCAGCACCGGGGCAACUUCACCAAAGCUCGGACAAUCCUACACAAAUACGCAACCCCCAUCACCAGAUGCGCCCGACAUCAGCUACCCAUACAAUCCCACCUCACCCAUCCCGAUGAACGAAUACCCCCCUUCCUCCGUCCCGCCAUCAUAUGCGUACAGCUGCAGCAAUCAGAUCCCGAGCCCUUCACCAUUCACAUAUAAUACUACCCCCCCGCCCUUGUCCGCUUCUCCCAGUAACUACGGAUACCCGGGGUACUCCAACUAUAUGCCGGAAUCCCCACUGCAGCCUUCACCUUAUGUUCAUCUGCGGAGUCCCACACCGUUGCCGUCCAUGGACAGCAGCGGUAGCAGUAGUAUGGGUGGUGGUGGCGGUUUUACUGCUGCUUCACCGAGAAAGUAUUCCGGAUACCCGCCUGCUUCAGCGUUUUAUGGCCCGAUGCCGAAUCCACCUGCCCAUUCGGCGUCGCCGUCGUCUUCAAGGUACCGGAGAAAACGCUCGGAGACGAUAAACCCCGAAGAGUAUAAAUCUGAAUCGUGGUAUACAGCGGAUGGAACGAAAGUGGAAUGUUCAGCUAUGCAUUUGCAAUGCGCAACAAUGUGACGGGAUGAAAAAAAAUCCGAAACUCUUUGGAUUUUUUCUUUCUUUCUCGCACCAUCUCCCAUCUGUCGAUUUCCUUUGAUUUUCUUGUAUAUGAUACUUUGAUUUUUUAUUUGAUUUUUCUAAGGGGCCUUUUAUUUGCUCGGGAAGGGCGAGCUUGGAGGAACUUGAUGAUUCACGGAUUCACGCAUGGCCAGGAGGACGACAAGAAGGAUGACGAGAUAGUAAGGGGAGUGGAGUGGCAGUAAUGGCUUUUCUCACAUUGCUCUACAGAAUGACCGCGAAACCAUUUCAUCGCCACAUCUGCUACGACACCUACGACAUCUACACCCCCCUCCAUAUCGCAACGCUACAUACCGUUGCGACACACCGGAUAAAACAUCACCCUACACACGCAAGAUGCUAACAUCUUGCUCCGAACGUACGAACCAGCGAGUCUUUACAAGUGACGGUCACUUUUAUCCUACCUCCCUCUGCGCGUCUUUGCGCAACAGAAAGGAUAAGAGAAAGUUUCUUGUGGGAUUUAGGGCCUCCGCGGAGGCGAGAGAGAUUUGGCAGAUUGGAAAGCCUUGCCCGACGAGGGAUGGGAGGGUUGGGUUGGGUUGGGUUGGGGUUUGGGAGUCGUGAUGCAGCGCAGGAUUGAUGGGGAGCGGGAAAAAAAGGAAACGCUGCAAGAGAGGAAUGAGAGGAUAGAAGGAUCAGAGGAUGACACAGCCCCACGAGUUACCCUCCAUGUGUGCUCGAGUACAGCAGUACCUCCAAUCCUCUCGAUAUUGCGUUACACGGACCCCGCUAGAGCAGCCGGUUCAGGAGGUAGGGUCAAUAGUUAUCUGCUCCUGUCCCAGUUGUUAGAGCCUGCAGCACAGCAACAAACGAGCCAAGGUGGAAAGGGCUCGAAAUCUUACUGAGUUCGACCGGAGCCCACUCUUUUUCCCCUACCCAUUCAACGUUGCGGUACCACCACCAAACAGCUUCCCUGCUUGAACUGGUCAUAGCGGGCUGAUUUCCCCCCAAAAAAACAAAAAAAGAACUCUAAUACUCGAGUACAAGAGGGUUAAAUUCUCUCUCUUUCCCUUCCUCUUGUGCUUCCCGCCGUUUCAUCACGGGGAAACAGUCAUUUGGGCCACGGAGUCCCCGAUGGUCUAACCGCUUUUGUACAAAUCGAAGAAUACCAGAGAGCAACCGGUCCAGCCUAGU